AUGGCUCGUCUGUGGCUUUCUCUGCUCACCUUGACAAUUUGCGUCCUGGCACCGGUGUCAUCACACCCUCUCGUAGAACGGGCCGGCCCAACGCUCCCUACUCAGGACUCAUUCUACUACGUUCCUGAUGACAUUGAGCAGUAUCCUCCAGGGGCUAUCCUCAGAGAGAGAAAGCCCCCGGCUCCCAUUGCUGCGUUUGGCUUACUCAAGGCCAACCUCAAGGACAGCCGUCAGAUCUUUUAUCGGACGACGGACAGUUUCGGCCGCGCAACCGCCACAGUGCUUACCGUCUUGGUGCCUCACAAUCCAGAUUACACCAAAGUCUUGUCCUAUCAAAUCGCCGAGGAUGCCCCAACCGUGGACUGCGCUCCGUCCUAUGCACUCCAACUUGCUUCUGCAACCGGUGGCUUCCUAGGCACCAUCAUCACACAGGCAGAGAUAAUUCUCAUACAGGCUGCUUUGGAGCAAGGCUGGAUCAUCAUCUCCCCAGACCAUCAAGGGUCCAAGGCGGCCUUUUGCGCCAACGAGCUCGCCGGGCACGCCAUACUCGACGGCAUACGAGCCGCUCUACUCUCCUCAAACACGACAGGCAUCAGCAAGGACCCGGCCAUCGCACUCUGGGGCUACUCGGGCGGUUCCAUCACCUCAGCUCGGGCAGCUGAGCUGCAGCCCUCGUACGCACCGGAGCUCAAGAUCCUCGGCAUGGCCAUUGGAGGCACAGAACCCAACAUAGCCAACGUGAUCAACGACGCGAACAAGGGCCCGGCCGCGGGUUUGCUUCCGUCAGGAUUCCUCGGACUCGGAAACGAGUACCCCGUCGUCGAGGAGGCCAUCAACGCCAACCUAAAGCCCGAGCAUCGACAGGCCUGGGCCAAAGUAGAGACGCAGUGCCUGUUGGCGAAUGGUCUCGAUUUCGCCUUCAAAGACGUUGCCGGCAUGAUUAACGAUUUGCCCGGGCUGCUCGCACAGCCAAACAUCUCCCGGGUCAUUGCCGAGAACAACAUGGGCUACCGGGGUGUUCCGAAGAUGCCCGUCUUUCUGUACAAGGGCGUGUUUGACGAGGUCAGCGCGGUCAAAGACACGGACGACAUUUACGAACACUACUGCGCGCGCGGGGCGUCGAUCCAAUAUGUGCGAGACGCGCUGGCCGAGCAUGGCAUCGCGGCGGUUACACCGGCGCCGAAGGCGCUGCUGUUCCUUAAGGACGUUUUGAACGGCCGCAAGCAGCCACAGGGUUGCUCUAAGAAGACGGUGGUGUCGUCUCUGCUUGACCCUGAGGCCGCCAGGAUUCUGCCGGUGACGAUUUUGCGGGCAUUGUUGGAUCUGAUUGGCAAGCCUAUUGGACCACUGGCAGUGGGUUGA